AUUUUAAUCUAGAUUUCAAAAGAAACAAGCAAAAAAAACUUAAGAAUUUAUGAAAUCAAGAAAACAAAAUUUGUUUAGUGAUAUGUAACAGGUUGUGAUAGUUUAUUAAUUAAUUCUGAAAGCGAUAUAUCUAUUUGGCCAACUUAUUGUUAAAAUGAAAGUUUCUCUUGCUAUACUAAGCUUGUGUACAAUCUCAUUACACUUGACACCCUCAACGGUGGCUCAGAGUGCUGAGAAAAAUUAUUAUAGUCGACGAUAUGAUUCACUCGAUGUUAAUUUAAUCUUCAGAAGUUCAAGAUUAUUAAACAAUUAUGUUGACUGCUUAUUGGAUAAGAAACCAUGCCCACCAGAAGGCAAAGAUUUAAAACGGGUCUUGCCUGAUGCUCUACGAACAAGGUGUGCCCAAUGUACAAAGCUUCAAAAAGGAAAAGCCUUGGAUGUUAUCACGAGACUUUAUUAUCAAUAUCCAUCAAUUUAUACAGCUUUAGCUGAAAGGUAUGAUCCAACCGGUGAAUAUACAAAAAAUUUCGAAAACUGGUUUGAUGAACAAAACGCUGUGAAACCGCGACCACCAAUUCCACAAGAUCAAUCACAAUUUGAUGUACCUGACAAUGUUCAAUUAGGUCAAGCACCGGGAAUUGAGAAUGUUAAAAGAGACGAUAUAUCAACUCAACAAGCUGUUAGAAGAAGUCCAAACAUUGGAAACUCAAAUGUUCGACCGAAUCCAAAUGAAAUUCCAACGAAACGAACCAGAAUUCCUUCAACAUGGAUUACAAGUAGUACAACAACCACACGAAGACCUACAACAACUAGAGCUCCACUGAGAACAUCUUCACCGGUCAACAGACCCAUCACCGUUCGAUCUCCAUCUGUUACAAGCAGACCUCCACAACAAUCACCGCAGACAAAUUUCUUGUUUGAGAAUAUUUUUGCACCACGUCCCGAAGGACCAAUCACGAAAUCCAUCAACAGAUUUCUUGACACCACUGGGAAAGUCGUUAAUGAUUUUGCUGGAAUGUUUCGAACGACAUUUCAAAUCAUUACAGGAACCGGAUAAUUGACAUCUUAUAACUCUAUUAUAUUUAUGUAUAUAAUAUUUAUGUAGUGACUUCAAUUGUAAUGAUUCAUCAGAGUUGAUUAAAUAUGUAAGUCAUGUUGGUGAUUUUUAAAGAAUGACGUCAAAAAUGUCGGAAAUGAAGGUGCCUUUUUUAUCCAAUGAUUUGCAUAUUUGAUAUCUUUUUGUUAAAACUUUAUGAAAUGAACACUGAC